AUGUCUCAUGAUCCGAACUUCGAAGAGACCGGUGGUCGCUGGCAGUACCAGCUAGAAGGAGGCCGCACAGCCUGGUCCAGCACGGUCAAGAUCCAAGGUCAAACAUUCGCAGCACGAUACUGGUACGACGGACCCUACCUCAACAACGCCAGAGAAGACGCCGCCGAGGUCGUGAUCAAGAUGUUAGAUCCUGUACAACAUAAGAACUGCGCCAAAGCCAGCGGCCCAUACCUGGGACAACUAUGGCCCCAACAACGCUUUUGA